CGUAGUAGGUCUACGAGUUGUACGACUCCGAUCCGUGUAGGGCCUAGGCCAGGCUGCAGAGUCGACCGGUCCUGCUAGCAUGCAUUGUUGCUGAUCGGCGCGAUAUCUACAGUCAGUAGCAGUCUACGCAUAGAAAGGGCCUGAGUGAGCAAAAUCCAGAAAGUGAUGACUGAUACUCCAAACUAAGAUCAGAAAAGAAAAGAGGCAGACAAACCUGUCAGCCAUUCAUUCGGAUAGGCUACUUAUUGCAUGUGCAUUGCUUUGAUAUUCAGUUCCUCUAACCUCUCAUUGACUAAACUUUUCAUCGAGCUUCGAUUUAGUGACUUCCUCGCUUUCGCAAGUGACAGUUUUGGGAAAAGCAAUUAAAUUUUCUUUGUUCUAGUACUAGUAUUUCUCUUGCGCCUAGCUGUUGCCUCUCGUGAUAAAAUCUAGGCGCACGAUGGGGAAUUGUGUUGGUCGUAGAUCCAGGGAGCGGUCGGCAGAUGGAGCGGCCUAUGCUCGUGUUCCAGAUAGUGAUGCAGUCGCAGAUCCACCACCUCCUUACGAAGUGGCAUCUAGCGUCAGUGAUGAGGUCCAGCAGCGACUUCUCAGGAUGACUGACGAGGAGAGGUUUCAGUUCGUACGUCGCAUGACCCUAAUGCAGAUGCUCCCCGUGGGCACGUACAGUCUCGAGAAGGGAGAGAAGAGACGGGAAUGCGUCAUCUGCAUGCAGGAGUUUGUGGUGGGGGAGAGCAUCCGCCUGCUGCCCUGUAUGCACCUGUAUCACCAGAGCUGCAUCGACGACUGGCUGACACGCCAGUUCUCCUGUCCGUUCUGCAUGGAGGGACUGGACACGAUACUCACGGAGAGCGUGGAGGAGGCACACGCGGCCGCCACUGCGUAGCCAUGAUGACCGGACCCACUCCUCACAGCCCUAUGCUACAGAUCACACAAUGCGCGCUAUCAGCCGCUCAUCUCACCAACGUUAUGCUCCUGAGUGACUGGCUCGGAUAUCGCCGAUUAACCGAUUCACACACACACACACGACUAUCUUCUUCAAACCUCGUGGUCAAAGUGCCAUGCCGUGUCCUGAUCUAGUCUAAACUCUUCUGGUAACUGAGCGAGAUCACGGUACCAGCCUGUUGGCCGUUUCGUUGCCCAGAGAUAGCUCUGUCCUGCCCUGGCCGAUCAGGUCAGUUUAAUAAUGGAGUUGCGCCCAUGCGUCUUCCUGUCUGCCGUGCCCAACCGUCCUGAUCUCAUCAAUGCACAAGCUUGUGUGUAUGUGUGUACCGGCGGAACGACACACAAGCACCGGACUUUUAAAUGAGAAAACAAUAUGCUCGCUCGUUUUACCCUCGUAUCAGCUGAGCAGCCGUUAUAUCCCACAUUGCUGCACCGUUUAUUCGCGUGCAGUCGUCAAUAGUAAUAUUUUUAAUACCAUCAGCACCAUGUACUAGACUCUAAAUCAUCUUCUUCAUCACCAGCACCAGCACCGUAUCAAUGUUUCACCGCAGCUGUUAUAUGUCCUUUCAACCACUCACCGCAGCACUCUCUACUGGGCAUCAGCAAGUAAGGAGACCGUACGCGCUUUCACGCGCUGAAUGGAUGUGUUCUCCUGCUCUGUGUGUCUCUAUCACUCUCUCUCUCUCUCUCUCUCUCUCUCUCUCUCUCUCUCUCUCUCUCUCUCUCUCUCUCUCUCUCUCUCUCUCUCUCUCUCUCUCUCUCUCUCUCUCUCUCUCUCUCUCUCUCUCUCUCUCUCUCUCUCUCUCUCUCUCUCUCUCUCUCUCUCUCUCUCUGUCUGUCUGUCUGUCUCCCUCUCUCUCCCUCUCUCUCCGUCUCUCGCUCUCUCUCUCUCUCUCUCUCUCUCUCUCUCUCUCUCUCUCUCUCUCUCUCUCUCUCUCUCCCCCCCCUCCCUCUCUGUCCAUCUCCGUCUAUCGAGCACACACGUAUUGUUGUCUAAUGAAGCUUGCACAUCACUCUCUAACCCUGCACUGUCUGCACCUUUUCCCAAUGGCGCACCACUCUAUGUUCUUGCUGCGGCUGUUGUCGUAUUAUCCCGUGGAAAUAAUCUGCUCCUAUCCCUAUUCUCUGCACACCUUACCGUUACUGAUAUCUGUGGGCAAAGGCACAUACCCCUCCCUAGGCCCAUGUUGUGGUCGUUGUUUUCCUUCACAAUGGCUGGUUUGCUGCUAUGUUCGCUGCCAGGUGCCCAGUUUCUUCAGUAGUCUCCCAGGGUGAGCUCACUGGAGCAACACUACCAUGCUAUGUACAGUGUGUGUGUUAAACCAGCCAUUGUACCCUGCCCCUAUCUCUCGCGGCGCGCCGCUUGGCUGCUGUUUUUCGUCCCUACACUGUGCCCCCCUCUCUCCUUGCAAAGCUGCGCACCGGUAUAUACUUGAAUUUUAAUGCUAACCUUUUAAUGGGUCUGCCAGUCAUUUUAACACAGUGAACUAUCCCACUGUACAGCACUCCCCCCCCAGCUCAAUUUUGAUCAGUUCUAUUAUGUAGGCGAAAUGCAUCGUGCAUUCUAUAGUAGCACCCUUCCCUCCGUCGUCCGUUUUAUCCAUUUUUUAAUUUUAUGGAUCCACUGAUACGUUUUAUUCUAUUUUCUUGAGAACUUACUCGGUUUGUCCGUUUGAUUCAUUCUGAUGUACUACGAAGUGUGUUUCAUUAUUAUAAUUAUUAUGGCCAUCGGCCGCUCCAUACAGUGUUAUCUGGCCUUUAAAAUGCCAAACUGUGCUCAACGGGGAAUUUGUCCCGCAGUUGCGUGUUCAUUUCUCUGUGUGGCUCAUGCAUUCCAGUUGUGCAGCAUGGUGUGUUUGAUUUGACUGUAUACUGUUGUCAUGCACUAAAACGCUGGAUUUUCAGUGGUGCCCGAUUAUGUCA